UAUAUCAUAUUCUAAUAUUGUCUAGGACUUUGCCUCUAAUUAAAUCCAUGUGUAUCAUUUACCAUGGAAUCAAGCUCAAUUUUGCAGCAAAAUAUUUAUUUAAUCGGUGAUGUUUACCCUCAAAUUAUCACUGAUACAUUACCAUCUAAAUUACAAGUGCUAAAAGUGUUUUUUUACCACUUACGUGUCCCCAAAUUAAAAAUACGUGAAAGUGCUCAAAUUUGCAUAGAUCAAGUCAUAGUAUUUUGGCAAAAAGCUCAGAUACCAAUUCAAAGAAUAGAUCAUUGUAUACAUCACUUGUUGAAGUUACAUAAGCAAUAUCAUUUGCUUCAAAAAAGCGUAAACAGAGACACAAAUGAAAUUAGAGAGGUCGAAUUUAAAAUUUCAUUGUUAAAUUUGUUCGACAUUGCUCAUUUGAAUGUGGCACAAAUGGUCGAUGAAUCUAUAAUGCAAUUUUUAAAUGAGCAAAGGGAAGAUAGAGGUAGAGUUCGUUGUAUACCUAAUACUGAGUUUGAUAUACCUAAUAUUGAGUUUGAUGAUGAUGAUGAACAAGUGCAGAAGAUGAAGGCUGAUCUACUACAGCUACAGAAAAAAGUGGGGAGAGAAGUACCACGACACGGCAGGCCCCAGUCAAAUUUGGACUUUCUCACCCGCAAAAGAAAACCAGGAAAAAAACAUAAUUUUAUUAGAAAGAAAAUGACGAAUCAACACAAAAGGGACCCUAACCAAGGAUUGUCUAAAAUAUAUGGAAAAUCAAAAACAACAACUGAAAUGGAGCUAAUUGGAUAUCCUCAAAUCAAACAAGAAUUAGAUGAUUAUGAAAUAACAGAAAUAUGUGCGGACAAAGAAGAAAUAUGUCUGCAGCAGUUUUUAGAAACUGAGAUAACGAUAGAUGAACAAAUAAAGCAGGAACCGUUUGAUGAGCAUGAUGUUGGUUUCAGUACAAAUCAAACACAGGGAUGAAAUAGUACUGAAGAACGACCUUAUAAAUGACUUUCAGCGCCCAAAAUGUCAGAAGGAACAAGUACAACAGCAUUAGUUAAAGUUGAGCCUAUCGAAUAUCCUCAAAUUAAACAAGAACAUGAUGAUUAUCCUCAAGUGAAUCAAGAAUUUAAAGGUUAUGAAGAUAUAAAGGAAAAUAAUCAAUUAUAUCUGCAGCGAUUUUUAAAAUCUGAGGUAACUAUAGAAGAGACAAUUAAACAAGAAGAAACAAUUGAUGAACAAGAUGAAAAACCUGUUACAUAUAGUGAAGAAAUCAGUGACACAAGUAAAUUAGUA